UGCACGCGAUUGAUAAAACACAAAACCGGGGACCGUUGGACAGGUCGCUGCUACUGGGGCUCCUCCGCUGUUUAUAGACCCUUGUUCUUUAUUUUAAGUCCUUUCUAUCUCUGGGUUCAUUAAGCAGUGAUCAGUGGAAUGAUUCGUUUCGCCGUUUUUGCGCUGGUUUUGGGAUUCGCUGCUGACGUCUACUGUAGAUGUACUGUCACCCCCCUCAGGACCGAGACUACAAAAUUAGGCAACAGAAGACAAUACUGUGUUCACAAUGUUACACAAGGGAAUGUCAGUGUUCCGGUGGAGAUUUUGAUUGGUUCCCAGUUCCAGACAGCGGACUGCAUCCGGUGCAAGUGUACCCGUAUGGGCAUGAGCUGCUGUGGGUUUGGGGUUGCAGAUGACGCUGCUCUACACGUGCCGCCAGGGUGCGCUGCUAUUGCUGAUGGUUGCGAGGUUGUUCUCGUCUCAUUGCAAGACAUGCGCACUGAUUGUUACGUCAAAAGUCCCAUGGCUUAUGAAAGACAAAGACAAAUGAAAGACAAACAGAUGAUGUUAGAUUAUUUUUCUCACUCCAAUCCACGUGCCAUGGAAAUAUUACGCAGUCCUGAGUUUAGCAGACCACCGCGGCGUCAUGGAAAUGGCCAAGGGGGUCCCGCGGGUGGUGAGGCCGGCGCAGGGGGUGCAGCAGAAGGUGGACAGGAAGCGAAACCAAUAAUCACUGAUGCUCACUUGGACGCCAUGAUGAUUUCUGCCAUGUUGGGCCGCCCUACUUACGGAGGAUAUCAACCCAUGGAUAUAAUGUCCGCUAUGUUUGCGUAGUGCGAUUCCGCACAUAUGAUGUCAUAGACUGACAUCAUGUGUAAACGUCAGAUGCAAAAUAUUCAGACGUUUGUUAUUAUCAAUUUUUGACACAACAUGAGUAUGUAUUUUAUUUUUUUAAACCAGAUGUCAUAAUUGUUUGAUUUUGACAAUAAAGAUGUUUUUAAAGAAUGCAUUUAA